CACGGUAAAUAUCUGAACUGUAUAAAUGCUGCACGUUACAUUUUUUAUAUAUUCAGCAGAUAUUCCGUCAUUUGAUGCUUUUAGAAGAGGCCAUCGAAUCGUCUCGAAGUUUUUCUUUCAGAUACAAUGUCUAGAUGUUUUCAGGUAUAUUAUGGACUCGUCUCUGCGUUCUGUUGCUGAGCAGCUUCUGAAAGACCUUCAGAGAACUUACUCUGAGACAAACCAGAUACCAGAUGACCUACUAAUAGCAUUGCGAUUUGUGUUUGGCCCUUGUGCUCUUCAGGCGUUGGACCUGGUGGACCAACGCUCUGUCACAUGUGUGUCAUCUCCCAGCAGUCGAAAGGCUUUUCAGGUAUUAGGUGGAUCAGGACAUAUGUACACGUGCUUCACGUCCUGUCACUACUGCCCAUGUCCCGCCUUCUCUUUCUCUGUGCUCAGGAGAAAUGAGAGUCUGACGUUCUGGAUAUUUCAGACAGUUCAGAAGGAAGCCAGUGAGCCAAGGAAAGAUCCAAAGGAAGGUGAACCAAGACGUUCAACGAGGAGAAGAAGAAAGAGAUUGCUAGAGAUCUAAAACCAGCAAUAAUUAUCAUUGAAGCUCUCUAGCCAUGAUUGCUAAAUUGAUAUUUUACCUGGUUGUGCUGACAAAUGUGUUUAUUCACAUACAAGCUGCUGUUAGCACUGGUAAUGAAACUUGGGUACAUUAUGAAGAAGAACCACAUGCCUUCGCAGCUAACAUGUGGUAGAGAUUAGCCAACUACACUGCCAAAUCUGAAGGAAAAACAGGUGACUGUUAUGUUUGCACCAAAAUGCCACAUAGUGCUUCUGGACCACAUGUAGAGGUUAAAUCACCAAGGACAGAAGAAGAAUUAGAAUGCCCUAUUUUUGUUAGCAUUACUGGAAUGAUGGCUCCAAAUAGAAGUGCAAUAUGGAGUUGUGGAAAAAGUAGAAUAAUGAUGCUUGCAACGCAAGUACAUGCUAAAGUGACCACCAUUGGCUCUAUUCCAGACUCACUGUUAUGUAUGGAAAGAGAAACUGGAACAGUGAGACUGGGGGUAAUUCCUAAAAGUAAAUGUAAUCGAACAUACCAUCAUUGUGAGAUAGAAAAUAUGUCUUGUUGUACGAGUUGUAUUUUGCAUUAUCCAAAAGCUAAUAUGACUGAGUGUUCUAAAAGAACACCACAUCCUAUAUCUACUAUGAUUGCUUAUGGAUGGGCUAAUCCUUUUAUUCAAGAUGUGUGUUCUAAAUAUUGUGCACUUGUGCCAGGUCAAAAUUGCUACAGAUAUGCUCCUGCUUCACGGGGAACUAGAGCUGUAAAAGAUUGGUUGUGGCUGUGUGGACAUAAAGUCUACACUACUCUUCCAGAAGAUUGGAGUGGAAGAUGUGCUCUAGUAACUUUGGAAGAAUAUUCCAUGGUUAUUAGACCACACAAACCUCACGUUAUGACAAAACAAAAACAGAAAAAGAAACGCUCCCUCUCUAGUCGCGGUUCAACUAGUAGUUUGAGUAGAGAUAAUCCAGUACCAAAGCAACAUCGACUCUGGACUGGUACUGAAAGAUUCUUUGAAGCAGUGUUUCCAGGAAUAGGUGUCUCUAGUCUUCAAAUUGAAGUUGAGGUUACAAGAUAUGAGCUAAUUUCAUUUAUCAAUACUACAAGAGACACAUUGGCUGGUGUUCAACAGGAACUCCGAGGGCUCCGUUUAACUGCCCUGCAAAACAGGCUAGUUUUAGAUCAAUUAACCGCGGCAGGAGGAGGAGUUUGUGUUAUUGUUGGUACCUCUUGUUGUACUUAUAUCCCUGAAAAUGAUGCAGAUGGUCAUUUAAUUUCAGAGGGUUUAAAAAAUAUGACUAGAAUUGCUCAAGAAUUACAAGAACGAGAAAUUACUGAUAAUCAAAGUGGGUUCUUAGCAUGGCUCACAGGAUGGCAACAAAUGCUUGUAUCUGCUUUGAUUCCUAUAGGUGUGAUCCUAUUAAUUAUGGCAUUUAUUAUCUGUUGUAUUAUUCCAUUUAUUAGAGCUUUGAUUAAUCGUGCCAUGAACAACUUUGUAUCCUCUCAAUAUGCUUUGAUGAAUAGACCUGUUAAAUGUUAAUAAUUUUGAAGGAAAAUGAAGGAAAUGUUUGCUGAAGAAUGUUAUGAUUUUGAAAGUAAAGAAAGUGAUUAUAUUUGGAUAUGAGAAAAGUAAUGCUGAGACUUGGGUGUGGCAAUUUUAUUGCCAAAAGGGGCAAUUGAUAGAUUUUAUGUUGGUCUCAGCAUUGAAAGUAUGUGGACUGAGGCUCCUUUUUUUUUCCUCUGUCAAAGUUGUAUACUAUGUCUUAACAUAUGGUUUUCUAUGUACCAGAACCAUUUCCAUAUAAGGCUCUACUAGGAGUGAAUGUGAAACAGGGAAUGGUCCCUGCUUAGGAGAAGGUCCUUGGGAUGCUAAGGGACCUCAUGGGUACCUGACCAAUAGAUGACCAUAUUUAGACUUGUUUUUCUAUAUGUAUCACAUUCCUAUAACAUGAUCUAUAUGAUGUAUUCUCUUUCUCAUUGGCUGAAACUAUACUACACCCCUUGUACUCUUUUUAUAUAUUCUCUCUUUUCUUAUCAAUAAAAGGAGACUAUAUUCUC